UUCUCCGCUCGGAAGGAGGCUCAGCUGUCCCCGCCCAGCCGCUUCCUGCCAGCGCCUGUUGUGGAUCCGGGGCAGGCGUAGCAUGGAGCCAGCGGCCGAGGGCGAUGCAGAGAUUCUGGGGACACCCGACCCGGAGCUGGCGGCCACCAUGGGCUUCUCCGGCUUCGGGAAGAAGGCUCGGACUUUCGACCUCGAAGCCAUGUUCGAGCAAACGCGAAGAACUGCAGUGGAGAGGAGCAGGAAAGUCUUGGAGGCCCGUGAAAGAGAAAAGGAAAACCAGACUGAAAAGGAGUUUAGAAUUCCAUGCACUGCUUCAUCAGUUUCAGCAUCCAGUGCGACAGAACCUGGGUCUACAUUAACUGAAAGAGAGGCAGGAUGUAGUGAAAGUGGGGACAACUCAAAUGAGGCAUUAAGUGGUCCUUCUAUGCAAUCCCAGACUUCAGCUAAAGGUCCAGCUGAGAAUACUGAUGAUGAUGACGAUGAUGAAGAAUUCAUUGGGCCACCACUUCCCCCUGGGUUCAAAGAUAGUGAUGAUGACAAUGACAAUGAUGAUACAGAGGAGGAAGAUAGUAACCCUGUCAAGAAAAUCCCAGAUUCUCAUGAAAUUACACUCCAACAUGGAACAAAAACAGUUUCUGCUUUGGGGUUGGAUCCUUCAGGUGCUCGUUUGAUAACUGGUGGAUAUGAUUAUGAUGUAAAAUUUUGGGAUUUUGCUGGAAUGGAUGCCUCUCUCCAAGCUUUUCGGUCACUCCAGCCUUGUGAAUGUCACCAAAUCAAGUCUUUACAGUAUAGCAGCACAGGAGAUGUCAUUCUCGUUGUCUCUGGUAACUCUCAGGCAAAAGUUCUUGACAGAGAUGGCUUCCCGGUAAUGGAAUGCAUAAAGGGAGACCAGUACAUUGUGGAUAUGACAAACACAAAGGGUCACACAGCAAUGCUCAAUUCAGGCUGUUGGCAUCCAAAGAUAAAGGAAGAAUUUUUGACAUGUUCUAAUGAUGGAACUGUGAGGACUUGGGAUGUUAACAAUGAAAAAAAGCACAAAAGCGUAUUUAAGCCGCGAUCAGUUCAAGGUAAACGAGUGAUUCCUACAACUUGCACAUACAGCAGAGAUGGGAAACUUAUUGCAGCUGGCUGUCAAGAUGGCUCUAUCCAGAUCUGGGAUAGGAAUAUGAGCGUACAUACAAAGUUCCACUGCAGGCAAGCCCAUGCUUCAGGCACUGACACUUCAUGUUUGACAUUUUCCUAUGAUGGUACUGUCCUUGCCAGCCGAGGAGGAGAUGAUACUUUAAAGAUAUGGGAUAUUAGGCAAUUUAAAAAACCUCUUAAUUCAGCAGAUGGACUGCCCAGCUUCUUUCCAAUGACAGAUUGUUGUUUCAGUCCAGAUGAUAAGAUCCUUGUCACAGGCACCUCUGUUAAGAAAGGUGGUGGCAGUGGGAAGCUGUUUUUCUUUGAUCGUGAGACCUUCCAGAAGCUGUAUGAGAUAGAAGUUACAGAUGCUAGUGUUGUGCGUUGUCUUUGGCAUCCCAAGCUGAACCAGAUAAUGGUUGGUACUGGAAAUGGUUUAGCCAAAGUGUACUAUGAUCCUGUCAAAAGCCAGAGGGGAGCAAAAUUAUGUGUGGUCAAAACAAAACGAAAAGAGAGACAAGCAGAGACUCUCACGCAGGACUACAUUAUAACACCCCAUGCACUUCCAAUGUUCCGCGAACCACGACAACGAAGCACGAGGAAACAGCUGGAGAAGGAUAGGUUGGACCCCAUGAAGUCUCACAAACCUGAACCUCCAGUAGCAGGAGCAGGUCGUGGUGGUCGUGUUGGGACUCAUGGGGUCACCCUGUCAUCAUAUAUAGUCAAGAACAUUGCCCUGGACAAGACAGAUGACAGCAAUCCUCGAGAGGCCAUUUUACGACAUGCAAAGGAAGCGGAGGAAAAUCCAUACUGGGUGGCUCCAGCAUACGCUAAAACACAGCCAAAAACAGUUUUUGCAGAAGUGGAACCAGAAGAUGAUGAAACAGACAAGCCAGAGUGGAAAAAACGUAAAAUUUGAAAAAUAAUUUGUUUAAAGAAUCAUUUUGGAGCAUUUGAAACAAGAUGAAACAUUUAUUUCUUUAUUUGGGGUAGUGGGUCAAAAUUUGAAAGCAAAUAUUACUUCAAUUUAUAAAACUUGCUGCAGUAUAAAAAGGGAUUGUUGAAUUACACUGGCUUAAUCCCACAUCUGAAUUUUGUAAUAAGGAAUUACUUAUAUUGUGCAAUUAACUCCUGUAUGUCAGUUACUUAGCUUUGUGAGUUAAGUGAAAAAUAUUUCUUUAUAAAUAGUGAUUUUGUUAUAUUGCCAAAUGUUUUUUUUAUUACUGCCAGCUUUACAAAAGCCAUGUCAUGACAAUGUUCAAUGAAUUUAAGUAUCCAAAUAAAAUGGUACAAUUUCUCAGACUUUUUUAUUUUUUCCAGUUAAGAGCUAAGAGAUUACUGCUUUACAAGUGCACCAAAGUUUAGAUUAGUUAUUGUGUAAUAUUCAAGUUUAGUUCAUUUCUUUGUUCACAUGAGUUACAAUUCAGUUCACACUCUGUGUGAAUCUUAGAAAACGUGUUUUCUAGUGUCUCUACUUCUUUGCAUGAUGUUUCUUUUCAGUAUGUGUUGUAUCUACAGUAGCAUUGUAUACAGCUUAUAUUUUUUUAAAAAUGUGAAAUUACAAUGGACAGUUACAUAAUUUAGUGUAAUAAAAAUAAUGUGCUUAUUGCCAAGUUGAUGCAAAAUAUUCACUGUUAGUUUGUAUGGAUAAGUUUAAGGAUACAGCAGAUCUAUGUAUUUAAUACCAGGUCUUUGUGUAUAUUGACUUUGUUGUAUGCCUGAAUAGUGUAUAUCCUGCCUCACACUUUCUGAAGACUGAUACUAUUCUUUAUAAAGUAGUUUGUCUAAAUACAGAAAAUUCUCAUUUUUUAACAGGAAAUUGCAGUGUCAUAAAGGGAAGGACAGUUUUAAAAAGAAUGUCCUUUAGAGAAGAACAAAGAACCUAAGUUAGUUUUAGGCAUUUAUGUUGUGAUUAUAAUAAUACACAAUAUGCUAAGUAUUGUGAUUAUAAUAAUACACAAUAUAACAAGCAGUCUGCAUUUCCACUAAGAGGAGAGAGUAACAGACAUGAUAAGCAAUCAAGCUUUCUUAUUUAUGAAUAGAACCUGGAGGCAUAUUUUAAGACUAUAUUUAGCAAAGCUGUAAAUCACCUUCCUGAGCUCAAGACUAUGCUCCUGAUAGUCAGCAGAGCUUAGACUUUUUUUUAAGCAUUGCUCUGCAUCAGUAUUUCAUUAUGUUAUUUCCUCUUCCAAGCUUAUAAUUCUUUUUCAAUUAUUAUUUUUAUACUUAAGUGAAAACUAUGUCUGACUUCAAAAGGUAUAAUGAGAAGCACUGGCAUAAAAUACCCACUACAAAAUGUUUCUACUGCUUUCACUAUUGUAGUCUUUUGAUAAGAGAAGAACUUCAGUACAUAGUUGACAAAUUGUCUUUGACCCUUGUAAAAUUAUUUUAAUACUUACUUGUGUAUAAUAGUGAAUCAGUAUUUAAUUUAAAAUUGCAGCUCUAAUAUGUAGAAUGAGAGACUGAGUAGAUGAGUUGGAAAGUAAGUGAAGGAGAAAAAGAAAUUCAGAUGGAGAGAAGGAGUUGUUAACAAAACCUGCUAAAGACUUCCCUAUGCGAUCCUCCCCGCAACAAAAAAACCAUAAGACAUCAUUGCUUCAUUUAAGACUAUUUUUUUGUCUCAUGUUUCAUCCAACUAUAGCCCUACAAAAUAAAAUAUUUUCAAAUUAA